UUUCGAACUUAUCGGGACCCGGAGCAUCAAGCGCAAAUGCUAUCUCAGCUCAAAAUAUUUGCGAAGAGCGACUUCUCGCAAGGAUGGUCUCGUCGAGAAGAGAAGCUAGAGUCGAUGAUAGGCAUUUUUGAGAAUGCCGUACUCCGGGAAUUCGAACAAGGGUAUGAAUCCAACGACGUCGAUGGGCGUAUGAAGCGAUAUGCCCACGUUCUUGUCACGCUGAAUGGCGGCACAGCUGGAAUUGAUAGCUUUAUCCACAAUCAUCCUCUAAUGAUUGACAAGGAGAAACUAGGGAACCCGACCGACGGCUUGAAGGACACAGCACCCGGCCAUAUAUCUCUGCAGCCCUCACAUGACUUUUUCAAAGAACUCGCAACGUCUCUGAACGAGCAGGCCGAGAUCAUUGAUCGCGUGUUUCCGCCCACUGUAGACGUUCUACUUCCUUUUCUGGACCGCGUUGGUGAGGACAUCAUUUCCGAAUACGUCACGACGCUAUUUGAUGAGGCCCACGACACAUCAAUCGAGGUAUAUCUGAAGGCUGUCGCCGGGGUCUUCGGCCAAGGACUACAAUUUGCGCACACGCUGAAGGGCACCAAAGGAUCAAAAGCGAACUUCCAGGAAGAGGUCCUGCGGAUUGUUUCUCGCAGUUUUGAGCCCCACGUUGAUCUCUAUCUAUCGGAAGAGCUAGACUUCUUCAAACGUAAAUCGGAAUCGGAAGUCGAAGUAUGGGAAAAGAGGCUCUCCGAUGAGGAGCAGUCGACUGAAUCCGCCUUCAUGGCGAAUGUCAAUCGACAAGCCGUGAAACGAGAUUUCCUUAGCUCAUUCAGAAAGGUGGUCAUGAUGCCGGUGAACGUCGUCUCCACCAUUCCGACUCCAUUCGGAGCUAGCAAACCUGCAACAGCCCCCGCAAUACCCAACGGCGAUAGCCUGGAACCUCCCGCCUCGAGGUCAGGGACACCAGUUCCCGGGGAACGAUCCGCGUCGCCAAGAAUAGAGGCUCCAAGUACGGAGUUGGCGGCGAAGGCUGCCAUCAUGAACUCACGCCUUGAAGGCAUCCGCUCACUUUUCAGCAUUGAGGUAGCGCUCAAUCUCAUCCACAUGGCCAAGUCAAGUCUGGAACGAGCAGCUAUAUUUGUCAAACUGGGCGGCCAGUCCGGAGAAGAGUCCCGAGAGCAAUGUGAGAAUAUAUUUAUUAGCCUCUUGCAGAUUCUAGGGCAGCGUCACAUUAAAACAGGCUUCGACAAGGCUGUCAAUCAUCUGUCAGCAUACAACCCACGUGAAGUUGCGGACCAUGCUCAGCAAGGAGUCGAGCCAUUGGUCACGUUUCUUGAAUUGGUGAACGUGGGCGAUCUGAUCCAGCAGAUGGUCGACGUAUUCUACCUCCAGGAAUUGGUGGCACCAAGGCUGACCGAUCGAGACGACUUUCUCAGUGUGGCUGUCAAGGAAAAGAAGCGGUUCGAGCAGAUGCUAGACGAGCGGGUCGCAGCAGGCCUUAACAAGGGUAUCGAUGUGCUUAUGGACGAGGUGGAGUACAUCUGCGCAACCACGCAACUACCCACCGAUUUCAACCCCAGCCCAGGGACCGAUGGGGUGGUGCACAUGCAAGACAUUGGACCCAGUCACACGGCAACCAAGAUUGUGGACCUGGUCUCCUCGCACACGAGCAUGCUAGUGGGUAGCACGGACAAAAACAUGCUGGACGUCUUCAAUCAGGAAGUCGGCCUACGUCUCUUCGCGGCGCUGUGCAAGCACCUGAAACGCCAGCGUAUCAGCGUCGACGGUGCAAUCAAGCUGAUCAGCGACAUGAAUGCCUACCACACAUAUAUCGCGACCCUGCGGAACAAGUCGCUUACGCAGUACUUCAGCGCGCUGCGGGAGCUCUCGCAGAUCUAUUUGAUUUCACCCGAGCAUGCGAAGGAGAUUGCCACCAUCAUCGCCGACUCGGAUCGCUACUAUGGUAUUUUUAGAGCUGAGGAAGUCUAUGAAUUUGCCGAGCGCCGGGCGGAUUGGUUUGCGGUGAAGCGUGCAGUUGAGAGGGCCAUGUACGGCUUUGGGUGCGCUGUAAUGUGAGCCAUGAGAUUUUGGUGAAGAGACAGGUGAACAGAUCAUUUCUGCCUAUGAGCACAGCUCAGCUGUUCUGCUAUAUACGUGGCGGAAAUCGUGCAGGGUGUUCCAUAGUGAAGUACCAUCGCGGGCAAGGCGGGCCACCCCGCAUAGCUCUCGUGUUAUAUAGCCAAUCACAUAGACAUAGCAUACAAAUGCAAGAGGACGACAUCAAAGCAUAU